GCAGAAGCGUAUAAAGGGCGUGCAAACAGCCUUGAGGCACAUAUCCGCUGAGCACAGGUGAACGAACACAUACAGCGGGACAAAAUGUUCUCUAACGCUCUGACAUUUUGGACAGGUGCUCUGCUCAUAUUGAGUGUCAGUCUAUGGAGCUGCACAACAGCUCUGAACGAUGGGGCAGCGGAUUGUUGUUUAACCACCAGCAACCGGCGCAUCCCACGGAGGGUGGUGACAUCCUUCACCAUUCAGACCCGUGAAGGAGCCUGCAGAACUCCUGCCACUAUAUUUGUCACAAAGAAGGGAUUGAAGCUCUGUGCACCAUUUCCAAGUGAGAAUCACUGGGUGACCGAACUGAUCAAUCACAUACUAGCAGGACCUAUACCCAAAAAUCCUAGAGGUACGUGUUUGUACAUAUUUCAUCAUCAAGUCUUGGUACUUAAAAAAUAUAAAUGUACAUGCAUGCUUUUAAAUUCUGUUUGCAUAACAACACCUAGCAACAUCAUAUAACACUUAACAUUUAGA